CUAUUCCCCACUGAUACCAAUGAUGGGUCACUAUUCCUUCCACUGACACCAAUGAUGGGGCACUAUUCCUCCCACUGAUACAAAUGAUGGGGCCACUAUUCCUCCCACUGACACCAAUGAUGGGUCACUAUUCCUCCACUGAUACCAAUGAUGGGGCACUAUUCCUCCCACUGACUCCCACUGAUACCAAUGAUGGGUCACUAUUUCUCCCCACUGACACCAAUGAUGGGACACUAUUCCUCCCACUGACACCAAUGAUGGGACACUAUUCCUCCCACUGACACCAAUGAUGGGGUACUAUUUCGCUCCAUAAGACACACUUGGGGGGAAAUUAUUCCCGCCGCCG